AUGGCCGACGACCGCAUCGUCAAGCCUACCGAUCCCGAUGCUCUCAUUCUGGAGGCAUGGGGCCAAGGCCUGAUGGUUGGUAGUUUGCUGAUCAUGGCGGCCAUCACGGUUGCUAAUAUGAAGAAGCACAUUCUCUUGCACAAGCUGAUCUUUGCCGAGCUCAUUCUGGCCAUGGGCCAUGGAACCUUUAUCUUCCCCCACGAGCCGGUUUAUGGUUGGUACCUGUCCGUCACGGCUAUCGGUUUGAAUAUCUCUUGGGCAUUGCACAAUGUCAUCGCGUGGAUGAAGUGCAAGGCUUUUCUCUCGCGGAAGGUUUCGAUCUUCUACAUCGUUACUGUUAUCCUGUGCUGGCCAUACUGGGGUUUAGAGAUUUACGCCAACUUUACGUACUUCAACAAUAUCAAUAAGUUGUUCCUGAAGACGAGGCCUUUGGAGCCGCUGUUCCGCGAUCCUUGGUGGGUAUUCACCACAGUCAACCUGUUCUGGACCAUCAAACGCCAAUACAGCUUCGGUCUCUACGAACUUGUGAGAAUCAGCCCCCGUAUGGGCAUCAUGCUCCUAGCAAUGUGCUUGUCAAUCAUCUUUAUCAUCGUCGAUACCUGCAGCGUGACCAACGCCUUUUCCAGCCUUCUCCCGACAGGUGUCGAACCCUUCUGGAAGUUAUCGUUUAUCUUCAAGUGCCUCUGCGACACGGUCAUCCUCGACGAUUUCAAAACAGCCCUCGAUCGGAUGCGCGCACACUGGAUGAAGAAGACCGCCAAUACCGAGAUCCACUCAACGCCCACGCCUCUCACCAGUCCACACGCUCGCAGACCCAAUGACAUCGAGGCCAUGCCUUCCGCCAGUGAUAAUUCCAUCAAGGUUACAGUCACCCACUCGGUUUUUAGGGAAGACAUUCCUUUGCGCGAUGCCUAG